CGUUUGGAAAUGUUCCAGGUUUUUAUGAUCUGUCCAAAUCUCGAAGGGGUGUCGCGCGCCUUCGAGGUAGUGAUUCCAGUGUUCCAAUGCUUUUAUUAUAGCCAAGAGUUCCCGGUCGUGAACAUCGUAAUUCCGCUCUGCUGGUUGUUUCCUCUUGCUCCGAGUCUUCGGGGAUUACCGGCGCCGGUUCCCUGUAUUGUGGGGCUAGAUGGCUCCGGAAGCGAAGUCGGAUGCAUCGGUCUCAAGACGGAAGGGGCGGUUGCCGUCCGGAUAAACAAGGACGGGAGUCGACGUGAAGCAGUGCUUUACUUAAUACAAAGGAGUGGUUUUCCAGAUGACGUCUUUCUUUGUAAGGUCAUUGAGGGGUCUGGCCGUAGCGGCGAAGUCUUUGAUGAACCUGCGAUAGAAGUUUCCAAGGCCCAAGAAGGAUUGUACUUCCUUGAGGUUCUUCGGAGUUGGCCAGGCGGCGAUUCCAUCAAUCUUGACAGGGUCCAUGGAUAUGCUGUCCGCGGAGAUGAUGAAUCCAAGGUACUCGACCGUGUCCGUCUCGAAGGUGCAUUUGGAAGGUUUCAGAAAUAG